CCGCUUUCUUUGCAAAACUACUAUUAUAAAUUUUUAACAUAUUACAUGGAUAUAAUUGAAUAAUUAAAUAAAGCUCAUAUUUAUUUGGUAUAAUUACUGUUAAAAUAAUUUACCAAUAACGACCAAAUUUUAUCAUAAAGCUAGAAAACAUUAAUACAUAAAUAUUUGAUCCACCAAUCAAAUCGUUUGUUCUAAUCAGAGUUCGGGAAAGGUGACGUCAUUUCACAUUUACAAAAAUCGGAAACGGAGACUUCACUACAACACUAAAUAGUGGAAGGAUUUACUUCAAUUAUCGCUUUUCAGCGCCAAAAGACAUUCUUAAAAGGACCAGAGAUGGGUCCAUUGGUGCUAUUUCUGGGAUUCCUCACAUCUCAGGCUCUCGCUGCCAAUGUAGAUGUGAGCCCCCAAUUUGAACCUAUGGUGGCAUUCGUAUGCAAGAAGCCAAACAUGUUUAUGACAGAGAAAGGAUGGCUGCCAGAUACAAAGAACAGUUGCUUCGAGAAGCCACAGGAUAUACUCAAGUAUUGUAAAGAAAAAUACCCCGAUUAUGACAUCACAAAUGUUGUCCCAGCCAGCGACAAAGUCACGAUCUCCGACUGGUGCAAGUUUGGUGUGAAGCACUGCCACACUUACGGCACACACACUGUAAAGCCAUGGAGGUGCUUAGUUGGUCCCUUCCAAAGUGAAGCUUUACUCGUACCUGAGGAAUGCAACUUUGAUCACCUCCAUAACUCUAAGCAGUGUGUCGUCUCGGAGGAUUGGAACAAAAUUGCGACAGAGUCAUGCCGACAACAGGGCAAAGUCAUCCAAAGCUUCGCUAUGUUGUUGCCUUGUGGUGUCGCUAAGUAUAACGGCGUAGAGUUUGUAUGCUGUCCUAGUGAAAAAGCACAAAAAGAAAAGAAGGAGAAACACACCCAUGAAAAGAAAGAGAAGGCCAAGGAGCACAAGUCUAACUCUGUACAGAGCAGCACUGAAACACCUGAAAAUGACUACUACAAGUACAUGCACAAUGGUAACAUGGACAAGUACCUGAAUGAACAUGAGAAGUUCAAGGCUGCAGAGAAGUCCUGGUCGCAGAUACACCAAGAGGGAAUAACACGUAUGAUGAAGGACUGGGCAGAGGCCAGAGAACAAGUUCAACAGAUGAAGGGCAAUGACCCUCGUGGGGCUGACGCUAUCAACAAGGAGAUCACUGAGAGGUUCCAGAAGACUUACAGUGCCUUUGAACAGGAGGGUAUGGCAGAAAAGAAACAGCUCGUCGCGCUUCAUCAGCAACAUGUCCAGGUGUUGUUCAAUGAGAAACGCCGUAAAGCCAUUGAGCAAUACACUGACUCUCUGAUGCAACUAGAACCAGAGGCCACUUCCAUCAUCCAUGCCUUGAAACAUCUGAUCAAGGUAGAGGAGAAAGAUCGUCAACAUACUGUGAACCACUUCAAGCAUGUCCAGGACACUGACCCAGUGGAGGCUGACCGCAUCAGGGCCCACACCAUUGAACACCUGAAGACUAUCUCAACCAGGAUCAAUCAGACCAUCGCCAUGCUGCACAGACUGCCAAAGUUUGAGAAGAAGAUUAAGGAGAUCAUUGCUGACUACAUGGAAGAUUUCGAGGAUAUUGACAAGAGCAUUGAAAAGGUGUUCUCCAAGGCUACAUUCUCUGAAGAGAAGGAAGCUGUAAAGACAUACAAGGAAGACCUUGGCAAAGACUACAACAAGAUCAUGCCUGAUACUAAGAAAGAGCAAAAGAGACCCAUUGUGAAACCCAAGAAGCAGAGCAAUGAGAUUCCUAAACCAAUGAAAAUUGAUGAUGGUGGCCUUGAACCCAAGAUCACAGAGGUCAAACCAGUGAAAAUCAAGAAGGUGAAGCAAGUUAAGAUCAUUGAUGACGAAACUGAAGAGAAUGAACAUGCUUAUAUUGACCUAAAGCCAAAGGUCAUGCAUGCAAAGGAGGAUCAUGUGGCCCAUCAGGGUCAGGAUGCUAUUGCUCUACAACAACAGGAUAGUAUCCAUAUUCAACCAGUCACUGGUGUUGGAGCUGCACAACAAGCUAGCACUCUGGGUAUCGCCAUUGGUUGUGUCACAGUCUUCGUUGUGAUUGUCGUUGCUGUGGUACUUCUCCGUAAGAAGUCCCGUCGUGUCCCCAUCCACCAUGACUUUGUUGAUGAGGCCCAAUCUCCCGAGGAACGUCAUGUUGCCAACAUGCAGAUCAAUGGCUAUGAGAACCCAACAUAUACAUAUUUCGAAACAUCAACCUAGGUCCAGAGACACAAUAAAAACAUUCUAAUUGAAGAACUUGAAAAAAACACUGUGGUAUGCAUUUAAUGGAUGCUACUGGGUGUAAACUGAUAUUCCAUAACUUAGACAGUGCAGCCUUGCACUACAGACCACACCAUAUGUCAAACUCUUCAAUUU